GGCGGCCGUCGCCGUCGCCCGACGUCAGUUUCGGCGGGGAGUUUGUUGGCGGGGGAUGCGCGCCCUGGAGUCGUCCGGCGCCGCGGGCCCGGCCACGGCGUUCAGCUGAAGGGCUGCCCUUCACGGUAAGACUUCACGAAAAAUACCAUGGCUUUGAAAAGCACAGUGAAAGGUAGUACGCACUCAAAUGGCCAAAUAAAGGACAAAUCUGGUAAAGAAAAUGAAGGUGGUUUAAAGCUUUCAACGGAGAUUAAAAUGGAUAUCGACAGACUCUAUGAAGCAGUACCGCAGCUCUCCAAAAUGUUUUUAAUUGAAGACAAAAUUGGUGAAGGCACAUUCAGUUCUGUGUAUUUGGCCUCAGCUCAGUUGAAAUCGGGACUGAUAGAGAAGUUUGCUCUUAAACAUUUAAUUCCCACAAGUCAUCCAGUACGAAUUGCUGCCGAACUUCAAUGUUUGGCAAUUGCUGGGGGGCAAGACAAUGUCAUGGGAGUUAAAUCUUGCUUCAGGAAGGAUGAUCAUGUGGUUAUUGUCAUGCCAUAUCUAGAGCAUGUCUCCUUUUUGGAUCUUUUGGGGUCUAUGAGGCUGGAAGAAGUUUGCAAGUAUAUGUUUAAUUUACUAAAAGCCUUGAGGCGUAUCCAUCAUUUUGGCAUCAUUCAUCGUGAUAUCAAGCCAAGCAAUUUCCUGUACAAUGGACAUCUGAAAAAAUAUGCUUUAGUCGAUUUUGGUCUAGCACAAGGUACACCUGAUACUGAAAUCAACCUCCUUAAGGUAGUAAAGACGGAGGAACAGCAAGGGAGUGGCUCAAGAUGUAAACCUACCACAAGCUCUGGAAACAAGGUCUUUCACACAAUAACAAUCAAUAAACCUCUGGCUCAACAGACAACUGGCAAACAACCCAUUAAAAGACCCGGGCCCCUUUUACAACCAAAGCAUGGAAAGGAAGAAUAUUUAAAUUUGUCUACUCAACGGUCUGUAUUUGGUGAAAGAAGUUUAAACGUUUGUUGUGCUGGAUACUUUGAAGGCCUGGGUAUAAAGCCAGGGAAAUCUAUGAAAACUACAGAUAUAGCAUCGAGAAAAAUAAUAACGGCAAAACGUAAAAUAUCAACAAAGGGUACGACAAGUGGAUUAGUUCGGAAACCCACCAUAUGCCCAUCACACCUGACUUGUGACUGUUUUAUGACAGACAAGGUUUGCAAUGUUUGCCUCUCAAGACGGCAGCAAGUUGCCCCAAGAGCAGGUACUCCAGGUUUCAGAGCUCCAGAAGUUCUAAUGAAGUGCCCUCAACAGACUUCAGCAAUUGACAUGUGGUCUGCAGGCGUUGUCUUUCUUUCUUUGUUGAGUGCACGAUAUCCAUUUUUCAAAGCCAGUGAUGAUUUAACUGCAUUGACACAGAUCAUGACUAUCCGUGGAUCGAAGGAAACCCUCCAGGCUGCUAAAUCCUUUGGUAAAACUGUGUUGUGCAGCAAAGAGAGUCCAGCCCUGGACUUGAGGACUCUGUGUGAGAGACUCAGGGGAACAGACAGCAUGAGAAAAAAGACAUUCAACCAAAAUAUCGAAGUAUUGAACUGUUCGCACGUUACUGGCAAUGUGCCAGAGUCAGAUUUAAAGGAUGAUAAAAAGAAGGAAAAGAUUGAUUUCACAGCAAGCGAACAAGAACCAUCCCACAACCAACCAAGAAAGCUCAACCAGGGUAUUCUGUGCAAUUCAGAUUUCAAAAGCAUUGAGAGAUCACCAGAUACGAAGGGGUGGGAUAGAGUUCCAGAUCUAGCAUAUGACCUGCUUGAUAAGCUUUUAGAUCUAAACCCAGCCACAAGGAUCACUGCAGAAAAAGCUUUGCAGCACCCAUUCUUUGAAGGUUUAUAAUUCAAAGUGAGUAUAUUGAAUGCUGCAAAUCACACAUGGGGAAUAACAUGAAUAUGGCUAAUAUAGUGAGCCAACGUUAUUUAAUUUAGUCAAACACGGCUGAGCAUUCAAAAUGUUUUACCUAAGAGAGCAAGUUGUUUUUAAUACACCAACUCUUUCAGUUCGUCCAUUGUGCAAAUAGUGGAUGAUUUAUAUGCUCAUGACCCGGUAAUCAUCUAACCUUUUGAGCAGCCCCUUCCAGCCAUUUUGAGAUUUUGUACUGUUUUUAAUUAAACUUGUGCAUCUUAGAAAUCGUAUGUACUUUUUUUAAAAAAAAUUUUUUUUUUAUAAUCCAGUUUUAUUUUCUACCCUCUAGUUGGGUCUUCCAUCUAAUGAAUAAUUCCUCAACAGGUGAGCUUAUUUGCUCAAUACUACCCAAUCAGAGGAGGUGUACAAGAGCAGCCUGGAUAGAAUUGCCCUUUGUUUCUUCGCCCUCUUUCCUUCUCCCUCUGUAUAAGAACUUCUGCCAUGCAACAUAUCAGCAGCUCACCUUGUAUCUCAGAGCACUGGAGCACCAAUGUAUUAAGGUAUCCAGUUUCCUCCUUUGAAAUGCUUUCUAAUUUACAGAUGUACACAAACAAGUACACUGAUCUAAAUCAGGAGGUGUAGCACAACUGCCACUCAUUCAUCUCUAUGUUGCCAAUGCUACUGCUCAGUUAGAGGCAGUUGAUUUGAGUAGUAUCAAACUCGUUUUCAUCGGAAACUUUUUUUUUAAUGUCUUGCAAAUAGCAAUGAUGAUGUAUAAUGCACAGACAGUACAAACUGCCUGGUGAACAGUUUAGUAGCUAGUGACAGCAGUUGUAAUUUGCAGGGGAAUCAAAUCUGAAUACAAUUAUACAACUAUAAUUCAGAACAGAACUGUGAACUCGGAUCUCAGGGUUACUCUGCAAAUGUUCAUGAAAUGACUUUUUUUAUAUAUAUAUAUAUAUAUUGUUAUUGUUACAUUUUACACCAUUUGAUUUUUAUAUUCAAUGAGGAAAUUUAAUUGUAAGACUAUGCCUAGUAAAAUUUGUAUUAAAUGUGUCCAGAUGAAAGUGUUUUCAAUUUAUGUUUUCAAAACCUCAAAUUGAGCUGCAGUCAGUUUCUACCAACAGCAGGAAUGCUCAGUUGUACAUAAAAUUAGUGAAUUUGACAGUAGUAUAUUUUGCUACCUAUUUUUUCAGGAACAGUUCUGUAAUUGGGAUUUCAGGAAACGUUUAGAACUACAAACUUUGCACAGGAUAGUAAUUGUAAUCCACUUUGUUUGUUUGGGGGAAAAAAUGGUGCUUUACCUGAAUUAACCACUGCCAUUUCUGAUUUGUAUUUGUUGUGUGUAAAAUGAGUAAAUGGACUAUGGGUGAUGUUUCACUCUAGUUUGUACAUCUUCUUGUCACUGACUGAUUUACGAUACUUUGUUGGGGCAGUUUUUUGUUUCAAGACCGCUGCUGUUCAUUUGAAAAUGGGAAAUAAAAGAAAAUACUGGAAA